AUGCAAGCAGUUCAUACCUUCAAUUCCUCCUUUUACUACUACGCCUCGCCGGUUAAGUCAGACCCCGACACAGAAACCGACGAAUCCGAGCCGACCGUCUUGAGAGCGACUGAAAACCUGAUGGGCCAAAUGGGCGAUCGUGGGCGUUCAAAGGUGAAGAGCUCCCUUUGCAAGAACUUCGCGGCUCAUGGGUUCUGUCCCUACGGAAAGAAAUGCCAGUUUGCUCACGGGCCUGAGGAGCUGAGGUGCAACGAGAACAUCAACACUUCCUAUAAGACAAAGCCUUGCUUCAGCUUCUUGAAAAAGGGCUACUGUCCUUACGGUCAUCGUUGCAAUUUCCUCCACAGGGAAGAAGAGGCCACUAUCAGAGCGAUUAACACAGCUAUUAUCGAGAACUUUCCAGAUUUAGUGGUGAAUCUGGGCGGAGCUUAA